AUGUCAGCCGAGACACCGAUCCAACUGAAAAUGAAACCCCAGGACCUCCAGAUCCAGACACAUACAGUGGAGAAGCUAUUAGAACCUCUCAUAAUCCAGGUUACCACACUGGUGAAUUGUCCCCAGAAUCUUUCUAAUAGGAAAAAGGGACGUUCGAAAAGAGCCCGGGUUCUUCUUGCUUCUGUUGAAGAAGCCACGUGGAAUUUACUGGACAAGGGGGAGAAGAUUGCCAGUGAGGCCACUGUCCUAAAGGAAGAGCUCCUGGCAGCCCUGCAGGAAGUGCGCCAAGAAAGUGAAGCUCUGAAGAUAUCAGCUGAAACAUUUACAGAUGAUCCCUGUUUUUUGCCAAAGAGGGAGGCCGUGGUUCAGGCUGCCCGUGCCUUGUUGGCUGCUGUCACCAGGCUGCUCAUCUUAGCUGACAUGGUUGACGUCAUGUGCCUCCUGCAACACGUGUCUGCUUUUCAGAAGACAUUUGAGUCCCUCAAAAAUGCAUCCAACAAAUCUGAUCUGCAGAAGACCUACCAGAAACUUGGCACGGAGCUAGAAAAUCUGGAUUAUUUGGCCCACAAACGCCAGCAGGACUUAAAAUCUCCCGCCCAGCGAGAUGAGAUUGCGGGGGCCCGGGCUUCACUGAAGGAAAACUCUCCUCUUUUGCAUUCGAUUUGUUCUGCGUGCCUAGAGCAUAAUGAUGUGGCCUCUCUCCGAGCCAGCAAGGACACAGUCUGUGAUGAGAUCCAGAAUGCCCUCGAGGUGAUUUCAAAUGCAUCGCAAGGGAUCCAGAGCCCAAAGGCUGAGCCAGAGCCUCAGUCAGCUACACUGGGAAAUGCAUUGGAUGAACUUGAGAAUUUAGUAAUCUUGGAUCCACUUACGGUGAGUGAUGAGAAAAUCCGUCCCUCUCUCGAGAAGCGCUUGGAGGCCAUCAUCAGUGGGGCAGCCUUGUUGGCUGAUUCUUCCUGCACACGGGACUGCCACCGGGAGCGCAUUAUCACUGAGUGUAACUCCAUCCGACAAGCUCUCCAGGACUUGCUUUCAGAAUAUAUGGACAAUGCUGGGAAAAAGGAAAGGAGCAAUGCCCUGAAUAUCGCAAUAGAUAACAUGUGCAAAAAGACCAGAGACCUGCGUAGACAGCUUCGCAAGGCCAUUAUUGACCAUGUGUCAGACUCUUUCUUGGACACAACAGUCCCGCUUCUGGUUCUCAUUGAAGCAGCCAAGAAUGGGAGGGAAAAGGAAAUGAAAGAGUAUGCUGCUAUAUUUCGUGAGCACACCAACCGUCUUGUGGAGGUGGCUAAUCUUGCUUGUUCUCUGUCUGCAAAUGAAGAUGGGAUUAAAAUAGUCAAGACAGCAGCCAGUCACAUGGAGACAUUGUGCCCCCAGGUCAUCAACGCAGCCCUGGCUCUCACUGCCCGACCCAAAAGCCAGGCGGUAAAAUCCAAUAUGGACAUGUAUAAACGCCUGUGGGAGAACCACAUCCAUGUCUUCACUGAAGCAGUGGAUGACAUCACAAGCAUCGAUGACUUCCUUGCUGUAUCUGAGAGUCACAUCCUGGAGGAUGUCAACAAGUGUAUCAUUGCUCUAAGAGACCAGGAUCUUGACAAUUUAGACCGUGCGGCUGGUGCGAUCAAAGGACGAGCUUCAAGAGUCGCUCACAUCGUUAUGGGAGAAAUGGACAGUUAUGAGCCUGGGGCUUACACUGAAGGAGUUUUGAGGAACGUUGGCAACCUUACCAAUACCGCAAUCCCAGAGUUUGUCACCCAGGUCAACGUCGCCUUGGAGGCCCUCAGCAAGAACGCCAUGCACCAGUUUGAUGACAGCCAGUUUGUGGAUGCCUCCAAAAAGGUCUAUGACUCGAUCCAUGACAUCCGCUGUGCUGUCAUGAUGAUCAGGACCCCUGAGGAGCUGGAAGAUAUUUCAGAUCUGGAAGAAGAUCACGAUGUCCGCAGUCACACCAGCGUUCAGACAGAAGGGAAGACAGACCGGGCUAAAAUGACUCAACUGCCUGAGGCAGAAAAAGAAAAGAUAGCAGAGCAAGUAGCUGAUUUCAAGAAAGUCAAGAGCAAACUGGAUGCUGAGAUUGAGAUAUGGGAUGAUACCAGCAAUGACAUCAUUGUCCUGGCCAAGAAGAUGUGCAUGAUUAUGAUGGAGAUGACAGACUUCACCAGGGGCAGAGGCCCACUGAAGCACACAACUGAUGUGAUUUAUGCAGCUAAAAUGAUAUCUGAAUCAGGCUCAAGGAUGGACGUCCUUGCUCGGCAGAUUGCCAAACAAUGCCCUGACCCAUCCUGCAAGCAAGAUUUAUUGGCUUAUCUGGAACAAAUCAAAUUCUAUUCUCACCAGCUCAAAAUAUGCAGUCAAGUGAAAGCUGAAAUCCAGAAUUUGGGAGGAGAACUCAUCAUGUCUGCUUUGGACAGUGUCACCUCGCUGAUCCAAGCUGCCAAGAACUUGAUGAAUGCUGUGGUCCACACUGUGAAAAUGUCCUAUAUUGCCUCCACCAAGAUCAUCAGGAUCCAGAGCUCUACAGGCCCCCGACAUCCUGUUGUCAUGUGGAGAAUGAAGGCUCCUGCAAAAAAGCCCCUGAUUAAGCGAGAGAAGCCAGAGGAGGUCUUUGCAGCAGUGAGAAGAGGGUCUGCUAAGAAGCAAAUCCACCCUGUCCAAGUAAUGAGUGAAUUCAAAGGGCGCCAAGUCUGCUAGACUCGCUACUCAACUCCAGCUAAUCCA